AUUGAACAGUGUCUGCCCCGCUUUGAACUGCCAGAGGCAGCGUGGGUCCAAGCUCCGGACUGAGCUGGUCGCUUUUCUCCUCCCCCCUUCCUCCCCUCCCCCUUUCCUAAAUACACACCAGCGCCUGCGUGCAUUCGCUCUAUAAAUAAGUAAAGGCCAGGGCAGCGGGCGAGCAGUGUAGUUGCUGUCUGGCUGGGCAGGCAGAGGUUGGGCAGGCAGAAGAGCCGCUCGCGCGCUGCCCAGCUGUCCUCCAAACCACAGCAUGGCUUGCUUGGACAGAUGCCGCUGCUGCACUGACAACAGGCGUCAUAGCAGCAUCCUUUAUAGCAUCUUAAAGAGCGAGGAGCAGAAGAGGGAGAUCCAGGAGCAGGAGCAGCAAGAGCAACAGGAGCAGCAGCAGCAGCAGCAGCAGCAGCAGCAACAGGAGCAACAGGAAGAGCAGAAGCAGCAACAGCAGCAGCAGCCACCGCCGCCGCUGGGACGGCCGCAGAGGCUGGGGCAGGGCUGCUCCUGUGGCUCCCAGCGUAGGGUGGCCCUGAAGAGCCCUCAGGUAGCCUGCAAGGCUGCCUCUGCUGUGCUGGUGAAGACACUACGCUUUGUGAAGAAUGUGCCCUGCUUUCAGGAGCUGCCCCUGGACGAACAGCUGGUGCUAGUCCGAAGCUGCUGGGCACCGUUGUUAGUUCUUGGGCUGGCCCAGGACCGAGUGCACUUCGAAACCGUGGAGACCUCGGAGCCCAGCAUGCUUCAAAAGAUACUGACCACCAGGCGGCGGGAACCCGAUGACCGGGAGCCACAGCUAUCUUCGUCCCCUCCUGCCCUUCCCGAGCCCCUGGCUCUGACUGACCCUUUGCAGCCACCCUCUGCCGCCCAAGUCCAGGCUAUCAAAGGUUUUCUGACGAAGUGCUGGAGCCUGGACAUCAGCACCAAGGAGUACGCCUAUCUUAAGGGGACUGUGCUCUUCAAUCCGGACCUCCCAGGGCUGCACUGUGUUCAGUACAUCCAGGGACUUCAGAGGGAAGCACAGCAAGCUUUAAAUGAACACAUCAGGAUGCUUCACAGAGGGCACCAGGCCAGAUUUGCCAAGCUGAAUGUUGCUCUUUCCCUGCUGAGAUCCAUUAAUGCUAAUGUCAUUGCUGAACUUUUUUUUAGACCCAUCAUUGGUACAGUAAAUAUGGAUGAUAUGCUAUUGGAGAUGCUCUGUGCAAAGUUAUAAAAGCAUGCAGAAUAUAAAAAUAAGUUUCAACCUAAAGGAAAUGAUGGAGCAGAAUUAGUGUAAAAUAUUGUAAAAUAAACUAACUUAUUAUUUUUAAAAGCAUAGUAUUUUUGUAUUCAAUAAUAAACUAUUCUUCCAGUUCUAUUUUUAAAAAUCCUUGUUCACAGAAUAUUUUAAUAGUAGAAGAAAGCUUACUUCCAAAUCAGACAUUUAAACCUUUUGUGAUAAGACUUUUAUAAUUAUACCAAUAAGGUACUUUCCCAAACUAAAAGCAUACAAUCCUUUGAAUUAGCUAAAAUUGAAUUUUUAAUGCUGUUAUAAUUAACUUUUUACAUGUUAAAACACU